AUGCGCUUCAUCGAGAGCCAGAGGGAGGUGAUUCACACCCUUCGCUUCCCCUUGCAGCACUCGGCGACGGACCGCAAGAGGGCCUACAUGUUCCUGCUCGUGUACGUUUUGACCAUUAUUGCAUUCGGCGGUAAUCUUUUCCACUUCAUCAGUGGCUGGAUUGCUGCCACAGUUCUCCAGGUUGUCAUGACCAUAUUGAUCAUGAUCUAUGCCUUUAACAUUAACGACUACAGUGACAAGAGCAUGAGCUCAAUGGAGUGCGAGCGGGCCUGCAACCCGCUGCUUGAUGCGUAUGUUGCGCUACGUGCGGUGCAGGUGGUUCAGGCGCUCGUCUUGCGCAGCUUCCUGUGCACCUUCCUCUAUGCCGUAGUGUUGAUCGUAACACUAUUCCGCAUACGUCAGCAGAAGCUGUACGUGGACGCCGUGAACCUAUGGCGCGAGGUGUCCCUAUAUGAGCGCGAAGGCUUCGUUUUCAUAGCCAUUGAUGUGAUGAUGAUUAUCGUGCUGCUGAUUGUGAUGGUGUUCUCCAUCGUCACGAAGUACUCCGAAUGA